UUAGUUGGCAGGGGGGGCAAUGUUGGUGAGCAGUGUUGUUGUUGUUGUGCUGUGAAGUUCACCCUGAAAACUGUCAUUGUGCAGUAAGUAACUGAUGUGAUAUAACAGCAGUAGUUCGGGGGGAAUACACGUCUGUGUUCAGCGACUGAAAGUUACAACCAACAUUUUCUCUGGCUGUGCAGCUACUGAAUCAUGUCAGGGUAACAUUAGCUCUGGAAAACACACCGUUGCAAUGCAAAAGGAAACGUCCGCGGAAGGACUGGACGAUGACAUAUCACGCCACUAACAUCUAAUACUGCUGGUUAUUAUGUUGGACGUUGGCAAGUGGCCAGUGUUUGCCCUCUUGCCCCCCGAGGAACUGCGCCUCAUUCGCCAGGCGUGUGUCUUCGGCAGUGCCGCCAAUGAGGCCAUUUACGUCACCGUCAACGAUGAGGUGUUUGCGCUGGGCACCAACUGCAGUGGCUGCCUAGGUCUGGGGGACGUCCAGAGCACCAUCGAGGCCCGCAGGAUAGACAUCCUCAGCGGGAAGAAGAUUGUCUCGCUCAGCUAUGGCACCGGGCCUCACGUGGUGAUCGCUACUGCAGAUGGGGAGGUGUAUGCGUGGGGCCACAAUGGCUACAGUCAGCUGGGUAACGGCACUACCAAUCACGGCAUGACGCCUGCCCUGGUCUCCACCAACCUGAUUGGCAAGAGGAUAACAGAGGUCGCCUGUGGCUCCCACCACACCAUCGCACUCACUACAGAUGGAGAGGUGUACGCCUGGGGCUACAACAACUCCGGCCAGGUGGGAUCGGGCUCCACGGCCAACCAGCCCACGCCCAGACGAGUGAGCAGCUGCCUGCAGAACAAGGUGGUGGUCAACAUAGCCUGCGGACAGCUCUGCUCCAUGGCCGUGCUGGACAACGGGGAGGUGUAUGGUUGGGGCUACAACUGCAAUGGGCAACUAGGUCUUGGUAACAACGGCAACCAGCAGACGCCCUGCAGAAUUGCAGCGCUCCAGGGCAUCAGCAUAGUACAGGUAGCCUGUGGCUAUGCCCACACCUUGGCACUCACUGAUGAAGGAUUCAUCUAUGCCUGGGGGGCAAACUCCUACGGGCAGCUCGGCACGGGGAACAAAAGUAACCAGGCUGUUCCCACACUCAUCAACAUGGAUAAGGAGAGGAUGGUGGAGGUGGCAGCCUGCCACACGAGCCAUACGUCGGCCGCCAAGACACAGAGCGGCCAGGUGUAUAUGUGGGGUCAGUGCCGCGUUCAGGCCGUGGCGUGUCCGCACCUCACCCAUUUCGCCGCCACCGACGACGUGUUCGCCUGCUUCGCCACACCCGCCGUCUCGUGGCGUCUCCUCACCGUGGAUGGUGACGAUUACCUGACGGUGGCCCAGUCGCUCAAGAGGGAGUUUGACUGUCCAGACAUCUCCGACCUCAAGUUCCUGGUGGAUGGGAAGUUCAUCCACGUUCAUAAGGCCCUCUUAAAAAUACGGUGUGAGCAUUUCCGUGCCCUGCUGAAUGAGACUGACGAUGACUCCAUUGAGAUCCAUCAGUUCUCCUACCUGGUGUACCGGGCCUUCCUGGAGUACCUGUACACGGACACCAUCAACCUACCACCGGAGGAUGCCAUAGGACUUCUGGACUUGGCAACCUACUACCAUGAGACGCGUCUGAAACGUCUGUGCCAGGAGACCAUCAAGAGAGGUAUCUCAGAGGAAAACGCCAUCACACUGCUCUCCGCCGCAGUCAAGUAUGAGGCCCGGGAGCUGGAGGAGUUCUGCUUCAAGUUCUGUGUGAACCACCUGACGGCAGUCACCCAGACCCAGGCCUUUGCCGAGAUGGACCACGACCUGCUCAAGAACUUCAUCAGCAAGGCCAGCCGCUACGGAGCCUUCAAAAACUGAACUGACUACAGACUAAAACUAGACUAAAGUACACUACAACUUAAGCCCCCUUUGCAGCUGAGAUGCUGUAGAGAAAUGAGAGAGUGAGAGAGAGAGAAUUGACUAAAGGGGUCAAAACCUUCCUAGUUCAGAGAGGAAUGAAUCGAUGUUUGAGAGAGAGAAGAGAAUGAAGAAUGACAAGGAGUCAAACAUUACAGCCUCUUCUGCUGAAAUACUGGAUGAAUGAAUGAAAAUAAAGUUGAGAGAGAAGGCUAGAAAGAAAGACAGAAAAUAGAGAGAAAAAAACUCAAGUAUCUCCAGUUGAUGAGAGUAUGGAUGGAGGUCAGGGCUUGACAUUGGCACCUGUCAACCAGCUACAUGCUGGUAAAAUUUGAUUGUGGCUAGUAACAAUUUAAGUCUCACUAGCCACUUUGACAGGUAAGUUAUUCUUUGGUCUGACAAGUCACAGUAUUGCAUCGGUUAUUUGUAUUUAAAUGCAAGAAAAUUCUAAAGAGAAAAAAGUGACAACAAAUCUCUGGCUAACAGAAAGGCUAAGUGGCUGGUGACGCCGGAUAACAACUAGCCACAUUGGCUGGUGAGCAAAUAAGUUUAUGUCAAGCCCUGAUGGAGGUAUGAAUGAGUCAGUGAGAGAUGAAGAAAGAAAGAGAAGAGAAGAUGAAAGACAGAAGAGGUCAGAGGAGGAAUAAACUCAAGAUCCCCCACUUCUAGAGUAUAUGGAUAUGGAGGGAUGGAUGGAUGGAUCAGAUGGUGAAAAGAAAGUAGGGCAGGGUCAAAAGAAAGCAGAGGCUGGCGAUCCUGCCAUCAUGACUACAUGCACUUUCUCCUUCCCUGCUGGUCCACUCACACUCACACACACACACACACACACACACACACACACACACACACACACACACACACACACACACACACACACACACACACACACACACGCACUGUGGAGUAGAGUGGCAGGCAGUGGGGCUACGCCAAACACACACACACACACACACGGUCCAAUCACAGCUGAGUCUCGUCAGCCUUACUGGAAAGUACCACAACACACACCUUGUUCAAAAUGAGCUUGGAAUGUUUUGGACUUGUUUUUCUCUUUUUUCCCUUUGUUUUGUGUUUUGUGUGUUGUUUUUUGUUGUUUAUUUGGCUUUAUAUUUUAUGUCUUUCAAUGGACCUGUAGCGAACAAGCCAAUGCAGCUGCAAGUUGAAGGAGUACAUGAAAAGGGAGAUCUCAAGGAUAAAGUGUGCCCCCUGGUGUUUGGAUGUCAAAGUGCACACUGACAACAUCCACCUCUGCUCUCUCCUCCCCUCUCCUCCCUGCACCAUGCUCACGCGCACAUACAGUCCUCUCUUCAGUGUGUAAACUGACCACAAAGGUAGAUGGCUGUGUAGAGAGCUAUCUCUGGAAACAAAUGUUAUCAUGUGUUGUACUAGGUUUUAGAAUAACAGGUCUUCUUAUGUAUGCAUCAAAGGUUGGAGGGAGUUGUUUGUUUGUGGUGUGGGACUUGUUACCAUGUCAGGUUGAGAUGUGUGGCUGCAGUUGCUUAAUGCAGAAUGCUGAUAUGGGGUGUUCAUAGCUGUAGAUAAGCACAGGCUGGCGGAAUUGGCUGCUUAUGCAAAUGUUCCCCCACCCAGCUCCAGCCCCACCAUGCGCAACUGCUCUUGGGGGUGAUGAUGUAAUUCCUACGGCACAGCUUUUUAUUAAUACAGUAUAUCUAUAUUUUUUGUAUUGUUCUAGCCCAGUUAAAUAAAAUAUCAUACAUUUAUGUCAUAAGUUAACAUGCACUUGUCUGUUACCUGUGGUAAAACUGUCCAAGUUCAUGCUUUUUAUUAUGUAAUGUCUCUGUUUUGCACUAACAUCACAACUGUUAUUUUAUGGCUUUCUGUUUUCCGUUUUUUUUUGCCAGGCAAUGUUACCUGUUGUAUUAUGUUGUGCUCUUCAAAGAUGUUUGUAUUGAAUGUACGUGUAUGUACGUAUCUGUGUCUUCCACAAGGGGUUGUUUUGUAGACAGAAAGCAAAAGCAAGGGAGUGACAACCUUAAUCAACCUUGCCGCUGUCAAAUAUUAACUUUCCACACAGACAGGCAGCCAUUGGUGCUUUCUCAAGUCCUUUUUUUUUUGUUCUUCGACCAUAUUGUUGUCUUUAUUGCAGGACGUCAAUGGUGUUUCGCUACUUAAGUAACAUGCCAAUGCCACCACUAGGCUAUAUAUCACCCAUUCCCCCUUUCAUCUAAAGAGCCAGCCAUCGUAUGUUUACUGUAGCCAUUAUACACGGGUGGUCUGUGAUCUGUCGAUCUGUCUUGGUCUCUUUUUUACCGGGAAGUGACAGGGAGAGACCUCAGCUUUGUUUUGUUUUUGUUUGUUUUAUUUUUUUUGAUGUUUUUUUGUUUACAUUUUUGCUUUUUUUAGUCUUUGGGUGGAGAAAUGUUUGUGAAUUCAACCCUCAUUCCUUCUUUAGAACAAUGGUGUUGGCUUCUUGUCUGUCCUUGGCCAGUCCGGGGGAAAGCUGGAAGUUAAGUGGUUUAGUAACUUAAACUAAUCGGUCAAUGAAGGUCAGAGGAGAACUUCCUAAAUUAAGAGGUUUAUGUUUUUUUACUUUGAUUUUACAUGACGGUAAAUUUUACAGUGUUAAUUCAACACUUUGGGUGUAUUCGGACCAGGGACGUUAGAUUUUGUCUCACUUUUGUCCAAACAACAAGGUAGGUGUGCUAUGUGCAUUCGUCCUUAGAGAGACAACACUUAGAACCCCUAGAAAACACUUUUGUAGUUGGUAAAACAAUUAGAAGUGUUGAAUUAACACUGAAAAUUAUUGUGUAUGAGGGGAAUUAAGUCAAAAGGCCUCUGAGUUGGCAUAUACGGAUCAAUCACUUAAGCAAGAACAAGCUCUCCAUACAGUACUGUCUUCGCUAAAACUGCAAUGGAGAAGCCUCCACAUCCACUUACUUUCCUUAUUUUGUUUCACUGGAACUUUGCAAAGCCCUGGUGUUUUUGCAGCACCAAAAACGACUUGAGAAAAAAUAAAGACAAAGUAUUUGGUGACA